GCAAUGCAGUAUGUCCUUGCUCUGUAAUGAGGGAUAUGUUCUGUGGCUUGGUGUAUUUUUCUGGAUGAAAUUCAAGUAUGACAGUAACCAGUCAGAAAUGUCUGUCAUUGUUACCCUUUUGGUUUUCUGAAAGCACUUCCUUAAUACUUAUUAUAUAUAGUGUCUGUUUACUGAAGUGUGUGUGUGUGUAUACAUACACACACAUGCACACACACAUCUGUGAGUUACUUAAUAGGCAACUGUACAAAAGUGAGAAAAUCACACUACUUUCGUAUUUAAGAUUGAGCACCACAUCUAGUGGCCAAAUUAGGCAAAGCAAUUUUAACCUUGUACCACACUUUAAAAAUAUAAUUCGAAGAUUUAAAACGACUGAAACGUCUACCCGCUUCGCAUUAAGCUCGUGUUAGUUGUAAAGGAGUAACUGUGUAAAACCUUGAAUUGUAUCUACAGUCAUUACUUCGUUUAUACAUAAUAUUCCGUACUAAUGGUCGUAUGGCAAUAUUCUCGAUUUUACUUUCAAGACUUUUUCUUUUACUUAUUUAACUGGUUCGUUUAAUUCAUACGUAUUCAAGUACAGCAGCUUUAUAUUUAAUUCCUCGUGUAUUGUUAUCAGGCUCUUUGGGAAAAUAAUGGAUAUGUUAGUCAGCCAGCAGAAAUUAUUCAGAACUGGUUUAGUUGCCAGCUCAGAAACAAGCAAAUGAUACGCACCGAAGUCCGAGCUGUUUCCGUUUACAAAGACGUUGCAAUUAAUGUAAAUUUUGAUAGAAUAUCAUACAGUGAUACUAGGGAAGUAUUACACAUAGGCUACUUGUCCCAGAAUUUACUAAUUGCCACUCUUUCGUGGAUCCAUGUACGUAAUACCUUGUAAUGUCCUUUUUAGAUUAUGAUAAACUGAGGUGAAAAUUUAGCUGGCGGCGUAACGAUUAUUUAGUGUGCUCUAGGACUGGGUGUGCGGAUGAAUGCAGGGCUGCGAUACCCUCCCGAGCGCUAGGACCCCGAGGAGCGCGGCGGACGGCGAUGAAACGCGUGUCAUUUUCAAAAAUCUCUGCAAAGGAGAGGAAAAGUAUGAGUCAAGACCCACGGGGUUUUUUUUUUUUAAAACAUGCAUGUCGUCUAAGAGAACCCCACAUCCUUAUGUGAGACGAACAAACGCCCAACUUAAAAAAAAGAAACUAUGAAAACCUAUGGUACUACUUAACCUCAACCGAGCGCAGAUGUAAACUAUUCAAAAUCAGUAUGCUUGUUCCUCCAUUUGUCUGCUGCAAAUAAAGCUGCUAUAAGGUUUUAAUUGUAGGUUAUCAUAAGUGACCGCGAUUCUAAAUAAGGACAAGCUUUCAAUCAGGAGAUCGGAGGAUGAAAGGGUUAUUUGAAACGAGUAUUUGAGGGGGAAAGGUUGUACUCCAAACAGAUCUGUUGACCAACUUUCGCACAGGAGAGAUGCUGCCUGCGCCGAGCUCACAGUUUUACAGAAGGAGCUGCAGCUUAAUGAAGCGGACUGGAAUCUAAUUAAUAAAGCAAACGAGGGGACAUCCAGGACAAUUUUACGCGCCUCAUAAAAUGUUGUCCCUUAAAGACUUUAAACUAUUUUGUCACGGCUCGUCUGUGACUUUUUGGAAUUCGCAUAUGAUCUGACUUUUUUUUUCUUCGAAGACUUCUGCAUAAAAACAACGCAUAAAAGGAGGAGGAAGAGCGGAAAAUUAUAGUAAUAUUGACACUUGUCAUUCGGGUGUGAAGAGCUCAGGCACAGCUGUCCAGAUGCAGUUUCGACUUUUCUCUUUGGCUCUUAUCGUCCUGAACUGCGUGGAUCAUAGUCACUGUCAGCCGCACCACUGGAAAAGGAGCAAAAGAGCCAGCAAUGCCGCUUCCCCCAUCUGCAGGGGCUGUGCCUUCUGCUCCAAUGACAACGGCUGCCUGACCUGCCAGCCGCGGCUCUUCCUGUUCCUGCGCCGCGAGGGCAUGCGGCAGUAUGGCGAGUGCCUGCAUGCCUGCCCACCAGGAUUCUACGGCCUGCGUGGACCCGACUUCAGCAUCUGCUCCAGGUGCCGGCUAGAGAACUGUGAGUUCUGCUUCAGCAAGGACUUUUGCACGAAGUGCAGGCCGGGCUAUUACCUGCACAGGGGCCGGUGCUUUGAAGACUGCCCUGAAGGGUUAGCCCCUCUUGAGGACAGCAUGGAGUGUGGCGACGGCUGUGAGGUCGGCCCGUGGAGCGACUGGGGCACCUGCACCCGGAGGAACAGAACCUGUGGAUUCAAAUGGGGCCUGGAGACCCGCACCCGGCCCAUCGUCAAAAAGCCCCCCAGGGACUCGAUACUCUGCCCCACCAUAGCCGAGUCGCGGAGGUGCAGAAUGCCCAAACGACACUGCAGAAAAGGGUCAGGGAAGCAACGUUCGAAACAUAAGGACAGUUCCUCUACGAGGAGAGACUUAAAGAGGAAGUCACAGAGGAGUCUACAGGCCCAGGCACAGGACCAGCACAGUGCUCACCUGUCUACGGCCAGGCCACGCCCCCGUCACCGCCGAUUCGCCAGCUGGGACAAGGCCGCCGCCCCUCAGUGCCAGGCUCCCCUAUCCCAGUAACCUCGCAGGCCCCGGCCGUUCAUCUGUGGCGCACAAGUCCGGCGGCAUCGCUCUCUGCGAUCUUGAUUCUGAGAAGGUGAAUUGUGGCAAAACAGCGCUGGCCUGGUAACCCAACGGAAACAAGGACAGCAAGAAGCCUGAUAAGCCAGCACUGCGACUUAGGGGGGAAAUGCAGAAAGUCAUACAGGAAACCAAAGGAUCGAAAUGGAGCCAAGAAAUGGGGGCAUUUGUAUAAACAUAUUUUUUCUGAUGGAGAUAGUUUCAUAUACAGCCCUUAUGUUUAUAAUAAUAUGUACAUUUGAGAGUAAUGUCUACAGAAACCAUCCAUAGGCUGCACUGUGUGUUUCUUUUUCUCAGCACUCAGCAUGAUUACUUCAACCUGCUUUUUGCCAUUAAUGUACAUUGUGGAAGUUCUGUCCUUUAGCUAAGCAUGGCCAUUCUGUUGUGUACAAAGUGCUGAGUAGGUGCUUAAAUAUUCUUAAAAAUGACUGUUUUUUUCAGUACUUCCGCUGUGUUCGGAAUGUGUAAACAUUAAAAUUAUAAUAUGCAAACACAUAGCAGCCACAUUUAUACCAUUUGUAUGGUAUCUGAGAAUUAUUUAUUAUUAUUAUUUUUAACUGUGCUCUUUUUUUUUAUUUUGAAUGUUUCUAGAACAUUCUUUCUUGUACAGCAACGCCUAAUUUUGCUGGAACCCGCGCCAAGGGUGAACAGCAGAUCAGUC